CUCACUACCUCCUUUCUCCCCGACCAAUUGCUGCCCUACGGGUUCUCUCUCCUGCUGCUUACCGUGCGCACUCGACAUCCAUGACCUCCCCGGUCGCCUCCACCUCGCAACCAGCGCAGCUUCCUGCGCUCGACGCUCCCCACAAGGACCAGGCCCCGAAGAAGCCAAAGGACAAGAAGAAGGAGGCUACGUCAGCGCACCCUCUCGAGCUGAACCCGCGUCCGGAAUUCUUCGAUCACCGCAUCAAACUCUUCGACAAGCUGAAGGCAGAAUACGAUGAGUGGUUAAAGAACCAGCCUCGCCAGGAAAUCACCAUCACCCUCCCGGAUGGCGCGCAACGGAAGGGAACGAGCUGGGAGACGACUCCUCUGGACAUUGCGAAGGCGAUCUCCCAAGGUCUCGCGGACAAGGUCGUGAUCGCGAAGGUGAACGGCGAGCUUUGGGACCUCGAGCGCCCCUUCGAAGGGUCCGCAUCACUACAACUGCUCACAUUCGAUGAUGAGGAAGGCAAGCGCGUCUUCUGGCAUUCAUCCGCUCACGUCCUCGGUGAGGCCUCCGAGAGGCAUUAUGGCUGUCACCUGUGCAUCGGUCCCCCGACAGAUGACGGCUUCUUCUACGAAAUGGCCAUCCCGGACAGGCCAGUCGUGAACAGCGACUACCCUGCCCUCGAGAAGAUCGCAGACCUCGCCAUCAAGGAGAAGCAGAAGUUCGAGCGCCUCGUCGUCCCCAAGGAGACUCUCCUCGAGAUGUUCGGGUACAACAAGUACAAGAAAUACAUCAUCGAGACCAAAAUCCCCGACGGCACCUCCACCACGGUGUACCGCUGCGGACCGAUGGUGGACCUGUGUGUCGGCCCCCAUAUCCCGCACACCGGCAAGAUCAAGGCGUUCAUGGUCACCAAGAACUCCGCAUCCUACUUCCUGGGAGACGCCGCAAACGACUCGCUCCAGCGUGUGUACGGCAUCUCCUUCCCAGACAAGGCUCAGCUCAAGGAGUACAAGGCGUUCCUCGAGGAGGCGGCGAAGCGUGAUCACAGGAAAAUCGGGAAGGAGCAAGAGCUGUUCUUCUUUAACGACCUCAGCCCGGGAAGCUGCUUCUUCCUCCCUCACGGCACUCGAAUCUACAACACGCUCAUUGAGCUCAUGCGCUCGGAGUACUUCAAGCGUGGAUACCAGGAAGUCAUCUCGCCGAACAUGUACCACUCCAAGCUCUGGGAGACGUCCGGCCACUGGCAGAACUACAAGGACGACAUGUUCACACUCGACAUCGAGAAGGAGAAGUGGGGGCUUAAGCCGAUGAACUGCCCGGGCCACUGCCUGAUCUUCGACUCGCGCGACCGCUCGUACAAGGAGCUCCCGAUCCGCAUGGCCGAGUUCGGCAUCGUCCACCGCAACGAGGCGUCGGGCGCGCUCACCGGCCUCACGCGCGUGCGCAGGUUCGUGCAGGACGACACGCACGUGUUCUGCAUGCCGUCGCAGAUCGAGGAGGAGAUCGCGGCGCUGUUCGACUUCAUGCAGCACAUCUACGGGCUGUUCGGGUUCGACUUCGGCCUCGAGCUCUCGACGCGCCCGGACAACUAUCUCGGCGAGAUCGAGACGUGGAACCAGGCCGAGGAUCAACUGACAAAGGCACUCGACAAGUUCUACCCCGGCAAGUGGGAGCUCAACCCGGGCGACGGCGCGUUCUACGGCCCCAAGAUUGACAUCAAGAUCAAGGACGCCCUCCGCCGCUCGUUCCAGUGCGCGACGAUCCAGCUCGACUUCCAGCUGCCCGAGCGCUUCAACCUCAAGUACCGCGCGGCAGACGAGGCCGCCGCCGCGGACGCGGGCAGGCCGCCUCCGCGCCCGGUCAUGAUCCACCGCGCGAUCCUGGGCAGCUUGGAGCGGUUCAUCGCGAUCAUCACGGAGCACUUUGCUGGCAAGUGGCCGUUCUGGAUCAGCCCGCGGCAGGUGCUCGUCGUGCCCGUCGCGGUGCCUUACCGGGAAUACGCGACGGAGGUCGCUGAGAUGCUCACGAAGCUCGGGCUGUUCGUCGACGUCGACAACGGCGAGAACACGCUCCCGAAGAAGAUCCGCAACGGCGAAAUCGCGCAGUACAACUUCAUCCUCGUCGUCGGCCAGGAAGAGCUCGACAGCCGGUCCGUCAACGUCCGCAACCGCGACGACGUCGGCACGAAGGCGCGCACGGAGACGCUGCCGCUCGAUGUGAUUGCGGAGAAGCUGUCGAUCCUCAGAGAGACGCGGAGCCUUCACAACAAGCUCCCGUAGUAGAGCACUAGAAGCCAUGAGUUCUAGCUGGAGGUUGUGGAGGUCCAGUCACUGUGAAGUAGUUGUGCUGUGUAUAUUCUGCACGUGCCUUGCGCUAUCUUGGUAUCUCGGGGUAAACUGGCGGCGGGGAAGAAAUCAAGUGUACACCCCUUAGAAGAUUGUGCUGCAUUAUCGCAAUUGCUG